GGCAACGAUAACCUGGAGAACACAUGGCUGUUCCACCAGCUAGACGAAUACGAUUGGGACAAUGAUCUGGAAUUCCAAGGUGGUCUUCGCUCCAUACUCGGCUCAGUUCAAGACCCAGACCGUGUUCGCCAUCUGACUUUGCGCGCACGAUGCUACUACUUCAGCCGGAAAGUAGGCCAGCAAGUGGACUUUGAUGGCUACCAACGCUGGCUCGCCACCCGAGACGCAGUGUCCGCCCCUCUUCUGAAUGGCAACGGUGCACAUGAAACCACGUCUCAAGAACUCGAAGGCACCCAAGCAGAUGGUGCUGCAGCUGAUGGAGGAAUGGCGAAUGCACCCAAACCUGCCUCUUUCGCAGAGAUCUGUGACAUGAUUGCCGAAGGUAAACCUAUUCCUGGAAUUAAGGAUAUCCCACCGACCAUACUUGACGGCCAGGUCUCGGAGAGUUCAUCUUCGAGAAGGAAGAAGCCGUGGGAGAAGGAU